AUGGCAGGUGCACCGAUUCCCAUCCCGGUGCAAGGCGAAGACGAAAUGAUUCUAUGCAUGGAAGAUAUCAAGAAGAUUGCGGACGAGAAGUUCCCCGUUGUCAUCCGAGACUUCAUCAACGAUGGCUCGACAUACCAGACGACGAUCGCAGAGAACUCAAGCGCCUUUGGAAAAUACCGUCUCCGGGCGCGAGUCAUGGUGGAUGUCUCGAAACUCGACACCUCGACCGUCUGCCUGGACCAUAAAGUCAAGUUCCCACUCGGCAUCGCACCAGCAGGUCUUCACGGCCUGGCACACAAGGAAGGCGAACUCGCCACAAGUCGCGCCGCGGCCGCCAUGAACGUGAACAUGAUCGUGUCGAGUUUCGCGAACUACUCGAUCGAGAACGUCACCGCCGCGGCCAGAGCCAAAAACGGCGAUGUCGAAAAAGAAAGCAUCUCCCACGGUCAGCAGAUGUACAUGAUGCGCGACCGCGUCUUGCAGGAGCGCAUCAUUGAACGUGCCGAAGCAGCGGGCUGCAAGGCCAUCUACCUGACAGGCGACUCCCCGGUCUUGGGGGUGCGAUACAACGAAUGGCGCCACGAUUUCCGCACGCCCGAGGGGUUAGACUGGCCUAUCCUCGAGCGCACGACGGAGGACAUCCGCACGACGAAGCACGAUACGGGUUUUAUGGCGUUCAAUGACGACUCACACAGCUGGGUGCGUGAUAUCGCGUGGCUGCGGAGUAAGACCAAAAUGCAGAUCUGGAUCAAGGGCGUCUUGACGGCGGAAGAUACGGAGCUCGCGAUCCAACAUGGCUGUGAUGGGAUCCUCGUGAGCAACCAUGGCGGCAGACAGUUGGAUGGUGUGCCCGCGACGAUUGAUGCAUUGAUCGAGUGUGCCGAUGCAGCGAAAGGGCGUAUCCCCAUUCAUCUCGAUGGUGGCAUCCGAAAAGGUACCGACGUCUUCAUCGCACUUGCUCUCGGCGCUGAUUAUGUCUGGGUCGGCCGUCCGGCGUUCUGGGCCCUCGCGUAUAAUGGCCAGGCUGGGGUGGAGAAGAUGUUGGAGAUCCUGUAUGAUGAUUUCCGUCGGUGUAUGGCGCUCUGUGGCUGUAAUUCUGUCAAAGACAUUAAUCGGAGUUGUUUGGCGAGGAUGGGCUUAGAUGGUGUGCUAAGGCGGUUGGAAUAA